CAGCUCAGCUGUCAUCUGGACGGUGGUCAUUUAAUGCCGUGUGUCGGAACGAGAGCGCAGACGGUGCUGGUGAGCGAAACGGCGCGCUUUGUGUUUAUGCACCGUCGAGGUAGAGUUCUCAGUACCGUAGUAUUCGUAUGCAGCAUCGGACGCAGUGAGGUUACCGUUUUGGCAAUAGCAACAGCAGCUAGUGGCUAGGGAAGGGCAGCAAAACGUUCGCCUCCGUCCGCAUGCAGGGGCUGUUGACCGUAGGACGCUAAAGUCAACCAUCGUCCAAGCAACGCAACAACUCCUAACAAACGCAGAAGAUGCACGAACAGUGAGACAUCCACCGCGCCCGCUCCAGCCCGUAUCCAGCGUCCGUGUGUGUGUGUGUGUUGCGACACGUGGAACGGUCGUCCGAGAGUCGUCCUCGUUAGAAUUUUAUGGUUUCCACCUUCCACCAAACACGAAGAUACGUAACCCCGGCCGGAGCACCAGCGGUCAGACAUCGUCCGGAUGCAUAUGACGCAGUUUAGGAGAUUCUAGUUGUGAUUUCAUCAACAUCGACAAACCCUGCAACACUAGCUGCUAGCGCUUUUGCGAGUACCGAAAGUGUGAACUUGUACGCAUCCAGCUUCCAAAAAAAAACCGCCCCAAUCAACCAUCAAACAAAAACACUUUCUGGCCCUUAAAAGCAAAGCCCGAAAAAAACAAGGAAACACCGUAUUGAAAAUAAUACCGCUCAAACAUGUCGUCCAGCUGUUGCGGCACCAAGAAACAGAAGCUUAACGGGAACUACUCCUCUGCCAACGGAUACUGUACGUCCACGAGCAAUAGUGCGGGACGCACCAGCAACGGUGUCGCCGAGGGCACCCAGAACAAUCACAGCUAUUACGGGCGCGGCUCGGGGAGUAGCGGUGGCGGCCAGCAUCAGCAGGCGCAACAGCAGCCCCACCAGCAGUCAUCCUCAUCGUCCUCGUCCUCGUCCUCGUCGUCGUCGGCUGCGGCCUACAAUGGCUAUCUGAUGAACGGGCACGGUAACCAUCUGCCGCAUCAACCGUCGAUGAUCGGUUCGAUGCCGGAGAUGUGCUUCUACUGCUUCGAGGUGCUGUACCGCGAGCUGCACAACCUAGAGGAACCACGCACACCGUGCUUUACCAAUGAUCCAUACCCACUGUUCGUGACCUGGAAGAUUGGCAAGGAUAAGCGGCUGCGCGGCUGUAUCGGUACCUUCAGCGCAAUGCGUUUACAUUCAGGACUUCGCGAGUAUGCAAUAACAAGUGCUUUAAGAGAUUCCCGUUUCUCGCCAAUCACCCGUGAUGAGAUCCAAAGACUGACCGUCUCGGUGUCAAUCCUGCAAGGCUUCGAGGAGGCACGCGGUUACCUGGACUGGACGCUCGGCAUACAUGGCAUCCGGAUUGAGUUCUACAACGAGCGUGGUUCCAAACGCACCGCGACCUACUUGCCACAGGUUGCUACGGAGCAAGGAUGGGACCAAACGCAGACGAUUGAUUCGCUGCUCCGAAAGGGUGGCUACCGGGCCCAGAUUACGCCCGAGACGCGCCGCUCGAUCAAACUAACCCGCUACACCUCACAGGAGUGUCAAAUGUCGUACAACGAGUAUCGCGAUCUGCUCGAGAAACAAUCUCACUACCACGGCCAGCUCUGUAAGAUGCAAUGCUAACAUCAUCAACCGAACCGGCACCACAGGCGCACGGCGUUGCCAUUCAUCAUCGUUAAUUAUCGCACGCAAGACGUUUCCGCGCGCGUUUCCGUCUUCGUUCGGCACACCGUUGUGCAUUGCCUAUUCUAUUUUUUUAUUCUUUUUUGUGGCAACUUUUUCUAACCAUUUAUUAACACAACCCGUGGCCUAGUUUUGCUUGACAUAUAUCGUUAACUAAUUUUUGCGUUUACCAGUUGGUUACGAUCCCCUUUUCCUUUAGGGCUUUUGUAAUGUUUUGUUUUUGUUUUUCUUUUUUGGCAUUUGGCUUGAGUGUACAGUUUUUAGAUUUACUUAUUGAGUCACUGAUCAGUUAGUGACAUUUUCGCUUCAAAAUUACACGCGUACGCGGCACCUGCUCUCGAGUGUAAUAUACGAUACCCGCUCGAGUUUUCAUUGUCAGCAAAUCUUUCGUACAGUGCAUUGGUGCAUUCGUGAAGAGUUAGCGUAUCUUUUUCAAAUUGAAAAGGUUAUCCAGUUUUGGUGGAUAACACGAAUCGUUUGCAUGUAAUCUUUUGUCGUUUCGUAUCUGGUCAGUGGUGUUACUUUGAUCAAUUGUUAGAUUAGUAGUCCACGAGAUGCACUAUUAUAGUCGUCCGGUGCGAUCCUCAAAAAUCCGCGUAUAUCGAAACUCGGUGCAAUUUCGUUAAACAUUGAAAGUUAUAGGAUCAACUUCUUUCUUUGCUCGUAAUGUAUUCCACUUUUUGGGCGAUUUUUUUUAACUAAAACAUUAACACAAAUAAUAUUUUUUGUUAAUAUUUUCCCUCAAAAAGGUGACGAAAAUACGGAAGUCAUUCCGAGCAGUGAUGGAAGUUGGAUCUGUAACUGUCAAAUUGUUUGACCUACGUGAAAAUUCGAGAUACUUAGGGCAGGGCCCGGUGGUGCAUGUGAUAAACCGGUCCGGUCCACACGGGCAGGACCGGGUUCAAAUCCCAUCCGGACCGCGUCCCCCUCGUAGCAAGGACUGACUAUCCGGCUACGUGGUAAAAAUAAGUCUAGUAAGCCAGAAAUGGCCGGCGUGGCCUGUGGAGGUCGUUAAAAGCCAAGAAGAAGAAGAUUUUUGGGAACUUGUCGGAGAUCGGAUGCAGGCGUGGAUGAAGGACUGCAGUCGUAGACCAAGUUUCCUGGAAACGGAUUGUCGACCAGGCUAUGUCUUCGCGACGUGCCCGACCAUGAGCAGAUCAAAAAGAGAGCUAAAGAGAGAGACUUUUGGGGGAUUUCUGCAGUCUUCUGUAAUGUGUAUCUCAGAGGCCACCUACAUUGUGUACAGAUACCAAAUAAUAACUUGCAAAAAACCAUGAAUAUGAAUCGUUUCUACUUCCUGUUUGACAGUUCGCAAAUUUUAUCGGUCUUGGGAAGGCCUAGAUUCUGUGGGAAUUAUGUCUGGGAGUUCUGGAGCGUGUGACUUUGACGUCCGGUUUCUGUGUCUGCCCAAAGACAGACGGCACACGAUCCCGUCGAGAUUUGAACACCCGAACCGGAACCCCUACUGUACCAUUAGAUCGGCCCAUUUUUGUUCAUCUAAGGCCUCCGGGCCACAGUGAAUACAAGGAAAUAGAUGCAAAUUGUAGCAUUUAUAGCUCUCUUGAGUAAAUUUCUAACAAUAAACAAUGAGCUUUGCAAAAUAUCUGGAACGUCCAUAGAAAUGUUUGCAAAUAGCAAACUGCUGUAUUGGGCACUCUUGGUGAGUGUGUCUAAUAAAAUGAGAUAUCGCAAAUGCAAAGCUUUUAAAAUUUCGACUAUAAACUCACGGUUGCAGAAAAGUGAUUCAAGUGUCAAGAUAAAGCUAAGUGAUGCCGUGGCCCGGAGCAUAACGUUACUAACUAAUACUGUUUACGUGGCAUGCAAAAUACAAAGACCGGUACAAACCAAACCAAUAUCCUUACGCUUAUCAUACGACGAUGGAACAUGUUCGUGCUAAUGGUAGCAAAAUGGCGGUUGCAUCAUACGAGCGUUUUAAUUUUAAGCUCUAAAUUUCAUAUGCGUUUUAUUUUUUAUUUUUUUAAUUUUUACUUCUAAUCCCCUUAAAUUGCACUACUCAGUGGUGAACUCGAAAGAAUUCUUACACCCAGGCUAGUUUGCUAAGCGAGAUAACGGAUUGUUAAUGUAGCAGUAGACGGGGUUAAUAACUAUUAUUUGUCUAUCUAAGGUAUGAGCAUAGGUUAAGCAUAAUCGAACAUAACGUUAACGCUAUCAGAUAACACUAGUACCGUAUACCGUGUUUUAGAAGAGCGGCAACAAAAAUUAUUGCUACACUGUUACGCUGGAUAAAGCUAUCCUUUCAAUUCAGCAGGGCCUGAGUGCAAUGCGCAUUCGAACAGAUACGUAAAGCCGAGCCGAAAAUGUAUCAGGUGAGGAGUGAGUUCUACUGGCACGAUGGGCUUGUCAAACACUUACCGCUCAACCAGCAAAAUCGGUGCAUUUUCACGAAAUGUGUUCGACUAGCUGCAGUGCUAAUGAAAACAAAACAACAACAACAACAAAAACGGUUUAUUCACAAUAAAGCAACAACAAACAAAACCCGUAACCCAAGACAGCAGCACACUCUAAAGCAACCAACAUUGAUAAUUGAUAAGCAAAUGAAGCAAAAACGAUGCGAAAAAUCAACCAAGCCGGAAAUGUGGAAAAAAAGAACAAAAUAAUAACACAAAUGCAAAGAAAUGAUAAGAAGAGAAGGAUGAAAAAAAAAGAAAAAAAAAGAUGUUAUACUAUUAGACAUACGUUUAUAUUUUUCCUCUAAUAGGAUGCGAUAAACUUAAACAGAAGAACCUUGAAAGAGAGUAAGAAAACGAACGAGACCGAGAGAGAGAGAGAGAGAGAGAGAGAGAGAGAGAGGGAAAGAGAGAAAAAACAAGCAGGUGAUAAUGUGAUUGCACUUCACUGCCACAUUACUUUAAACUAAGGGUGGGAGGCAACUCGAACGCAUCACAGGAAGCCCGAGCACCGGAUGCCCGCUUAUGACGGAUGUUUAUUGCGACAACGACGAUCCUUGCCAAGUGGCGGGUGUAUAGAUAUUUAUGUAUUUCUUCGCGUUGAUACGUAUGUAUAUGCUUCUGGUAUGCGCCUAGAGCUGCGCGUCCGGUGCGAGCGUUUCUUGGGUGGAAACAUGCCCGUACAGCAUCCCGCAAAUUCGAUUAAUUCCAAUACAGUGGAGAACGGUGUUGUUUUAAUAAAAAUAGAUUCUAAAACCCAAA